CGAAGUAAAUGGCAACAUUAUAGAUCACUGCUGAAAUUUGAAAAAUUUCUCGACCAAGGACCAUAGAGAAGAUUUAGAGAACUCUAUGAUGUUUUGAUUUUUAUUCCCGCCGACCAUUGACGGUUGCUUUUGGCAAAUGGCACGUGCAAUUUUUUCACGCAACGCAAAAUAGAACAUUUUCGAUACCUACUUCAGUCAAGCACUGAUGCUUAUUGUCGAAAUUUAUCUAUUCGAUAAUUAGCAUUGUAAACCAAUGUCGCCCUCUCCGAUUCGAUGUCGCGGCCCUUGGAAAAUUCAAAAACGCUCGUCUGAGCCUGACCGUUGGCUUGACGAAAUGGAUUUCUAUCGAAAACACACAGCUAGAGACUCUAGUUGUCUUUUUAGGGCAGUUUCUGAAAACAUUUUUAACACCCAACAUUAUUAUCAAAAAGUUAGGCUACAAUGUAUCGAGUUUAUGUCCUCUAAUCGGCACUUGUUUGAAGGGUCAUUAAGUUGUUCUUUUGAGAAUUACCUUAAGGAAAUGUCCAAUGCAUCUGCAUGGGGUGGUAUUGUUGAGUUAUCAGCUAUGAGCCAUCUCUAUAGACGAGAUUUUACCAUUCUUGAAGCAAAUAAAGGCCCGCAAACUAACAUCUGUAAUGGUUAUGGUAAAACCAUAUACCUUUUUUAUUCUCCUGACACUAAGCAUUUUGAUGCUCUUUAUAGAAAAGAAUUUAUAAAUAAUUCUGCAUUCUGCCAAUCGCUAUUGAUGUCUGGUAAGAUUAAUCUAUUUAAAUUGUUUUAUGUAUAUUUUCUCAAUGCUUAUAAAUUUUUUCACAUAGCAUUAAUAUAUGAGCUACUGUAUGACCGAGUCUACCACUUGGAGGACCUUUACUAUGCUGUUGAUAAAAUGCUUCAUGAGAAAGUUACAAAUAAUCACAUUGAAUACAUGAUGCCAGAUAUGGAACACAAAAAACAAAAAGAAAGAGCAAAAAUUUUUAUUGAAGAAACUAAUACCAAAGAUAACAAUAGUAAUGCGUUAUCUCUAAAAUGCAAACAUCACACUAAUGACAUUGAGAAAGCUUCAUUAUUAAAAGAGUCUCUGAGCAUUUUUGUGUUCAAUAGAAGCCUUAUACAGCUUGAGAAUGUUUGUUUGAACUGUUUAAAUGUCAACAGUGCUAAAGUGCUCCUCGAUAAUGGUAUAACACCAUUUCCAUAUAAAGUAGCUAAAGCUUUGGACCCAGAUAUAUAUCGAAACAUUGAGUUUGAUGUGUGGAGUGAACUAAGAAGAGAGUUGCGUUUUGGUGCUAGAUAUUCAGAUGGGACGACAUUGCAAGUAGGUGUUAAAUGCUUGUGUAAAUUGGAAGUAGACCAGGAUGUUCCCUAUCAUUGUCACAUACAAGAAAUGGGGCAAGAUGGAGGUCCAUGUCUCGUAUUUAUUGAAGAGUUAGGAGAAAAGAGAUUGGUGAAUUAUGAACAGUUGGAACCGCUUCCAAUGGAUGAGAUUAAGCCUUGGGCACCUCCAUAUAGAUAUUCUCGAGCAAACUCGCAGCUUCUCAAUCUCAGUCAAAUGCUACAGCAAAUAGGCUCUGUCAUACGAAAACAAGGUAUAAAAUCAAGCAAGAAAUUGAGGAAUGAUGAUACAAGAAUAUCUGAAAAAGAAACAAAGUUAGAUUGGACUGAAGAAAAAGCUGAAAUGACAUUUGAGGCCUAUAAUUAUCCACCUUAUCAACAUUCGGAUAUCUGUAACUUCCAACCGAUGCCAGUUGAAAUUGAAACGGUUCCCCUAAUGGUGGACAUUCGGGCGGCGGGUGCUCCGCCACAGGAGGCCAAUGGUUCUUCACCAGACAUCCACAAUCAGGUGGGAGGCGCAGGUGAUAUGGGAAACCAGGCGACACCAACGCCUGUGUCUGUGCGAGCUUCCACGCCUGCAACCACUAACUCACUAACCACUUAUUCUGGUGUGAACCCGGGUUCAGUCCCACCGUUGGGGACUACGAUGCCAGGAAACGUGCCGUACAACUGUGGACAAUAUAUGUGCGGGAUGAAGUCUGUCGUCUGGUGCUCGCCCCAUUCUCCCCCCCAACCGUUGGCCCCCGGAAUGCCGAUGGGAGGCAUGGGGAUGAAUGUGCCCCACCCGCCUCCGCCGUUGCCACCCGGUGUGAACCCCCAUGUGUUUAAGAGCGUGCAUGCCAAUGGUUCUGAUCUGCCCAUGAAUGACAUAGCAACACUGCGGUACUUCUUCAACCUGGGCGUGGAGUGCAUGUGGGCAGCUUACGGGCCUCCCUUGCCGCCGCCCCCGCAUCCUCCGCACCCCAUGCAUCCGCCGCCGAGGCACUACUCGCCUUCUACUCUUGCUCAGGACAUGCAACAGUUGGCAGUGCAAGACCGUCCUCUCCACGGUGACCCCAAUCACAACAAGCACAAGCAAGACAAGAACACCAACAUUCAGGGCAAGGGAAAUAAUGCUCAGAGACCCCUCUUGGGACCGAGAUUCAAACGUGGUAACAACCAAGAUAAUAACCAAAGCCACAACCAAAACAAGGGACACAAUAACCAGGGACACAUGAAUAACAAGGGACCAAACAACCGCCGCAACUCAUACGUGGAAGCCCGCGGGGGUUUCGUCGGCGAAGAAGUUGGUGGGGCCGAGGCCCCUCUGCUCGCUUUCCCCUACGCCCCAUACCCCCCGCCGAUUUACCCCGUGCCCUACUACCAUAUUGAUGAUCCCGGCAUGAUGGGCAUGAUGGGCGGCAUGGGUGGCAUGGGCUACGUGUACGAGGAGGGCAUGGAGUUCAGCGUCCAGCCCAUGUACGGGGCUCCGACGCCCUACCCCCAGAUGCAUCCCGCCGCACCCCCACCCGUGCACGAACACAAGUAGACGCCACAGUAUAAAGCAGACAGUAACUCCAUUAACGCCCUAUUACGACCGGUAAAGCGAUUUUGCUCUGUGGAAUAUUAUUAGAGAUAUAUUAAUCGUAUUUUGAUGUUUGAUGUCUUAAAUGUCUAUAAAAGGUAAUAUUGGAUAUUGUGUAAUAAUGUAUCAAUUUUAGCAGGCUAAGUUGUUACAGAAAUGACCUUUGUAGAAGAACUCCUGUUUAUUUACACGGGUGCCCAAAUAUACAAAAUUCUAGCCUAGCCUAUAUAUUUGUGAGGGAAGUACCCUCAAUACUGAAAAUAGCAAAUUUACUCAAAAGAGCUGCCAUUUUUGAACAAAACCAAUUGCAAUUAAUUUGCUUUCCAGGUGAUUUAAAUAUUACUCCUUGUAUGAAACUUACUAUUUUGAAUUUUAAAUAAAUACAUAUAAACUUUAGCUUCAGCCGAGCCUACAAAGCACCACUGAUGAUUGUUUGGCAUUUGUAUAUUUGGGUGAUCUUCCUUUCGAUGUGUACUUUUAAGAAUUAGCAUUAACUUUUGGCGUUUAAUUGAGUUACUGUUCUGUCUGUAGCUACGGAAGCGACUGAAUUUGACAAUACAAGACCAUUUUUAUCAAAAUCCAAAAUGUCACAAUUGUGUGAUAUCCUACAUAAUGCUCAAUUACAAGACUAGUCCGAUUGUCGGGGCUACUUGUACUAAAUACAACUAUAGGUAAACAAUGAAAAGCAUAUCAGAAUUUUUUGUCCAAAUUUGUAAAACGUCCGUUAUUUAUGGUUAUUCACAUUCCGUCUUUGUGGAUUACGCUGUGUAUAAUCUGUCCUGUUCGAUUCCCGGCAAAAUAAUAAAACCUACCAAAGACAGAAAAAACGGUCAAGCGAGCUUAAAAAAUAUCAUUCCCAUUGAGAUAUGCUUUUAUUUGUUUCCAUUUAACUGCCACGUACAUAUCGGACCCUUGGCUAUAAAUUUUAUAAUUAUUUUAUAUACAAGUCCUUAGAAUUAAACAAAAUUUCAAAUUCUUAUACUCACUUUUGGAUCUGAUUUUAUUAAAAAAUUCUUGGAAAUUGAGUUCCCGCUCUACAACGAUUGUCCAUCGAAGAUUUGAAUUUUGUAAUCAUUUUUUAUUCGGGCACAACUUAAUAUAAAUUCUCUUAAAUUUAAUAAAUCGGUGCGUCCGUAACAAUAGGAAUUAAAAUGUUCCAAAUAAAUAUUUAGGCAAGAAGCUAACUUUCCAAACAAAAAUGAUAGAACUUAAAAGAUAUCGAUCGGUCAAUAAUUGUAUUAUUAAUACAUGAUAGGGUUUUUGUGAAACCACCUGGAGAGGACCCUCUUAAUAACGGAGUACGUUUACGUAAAUUUAAUAUUCUUUUUAUACGGUACGGAAACCCACUGUAAAACCGAUAAAUAUAUCAAAUAUAAAAGUAAUAAUUAAUUGACGAGGGAAACUAAUGCAAUUUAGAUUGAUUAUUUAUCAAAAAUAAGAAAGUAACAAGUAUAUUUUUUUAUUACAAUAUUUUGUGUUCGUCGAAAAUAAAACUUGCCUCCAGGUGGUGUUAAACACCUCCAUCCAUCCAUCGGCAGUCGUAUGGGAUUACAUUUAAGUAAUCGUUACCGCACAAGUACUUAAUAUGUUAAAAUGGCUUAUAAUAUUUAUCUUUGUAUUAUUUUCAUAUAUUUUUAUCCGUUAGUUACAGGUCUUACAUAUGUAUUUUUAUAUUAAGAUCCCUGAUGUCAAGUGGUGCUUCGAAAUUCAGGGUUGACAGGGUUUCGAGAUAUUUUUGUAAAAAAUCUAAAUUAUACAUCCUAGAUAAGUCGUAUCCAUUCCUUUAUACGGUAAGACAGAGUAGGCUUUAUAAGGUCGAUAUGAAUACACACUCGACAAAAUGCGAACUGCGUGAGAUUGCGACUGGAGUUGGUGGUUUUGGGUAAAUUCAAAUUUAUUUUCGCAAUUUUAUUGGUUCGUAUAUGUUCCUAAACCGAGUUAUAGAUUAAAUGAAACUUAUAUUUCAGGGCUGUCUAAAAAACAUUUCAUUUCUUUAAUGUUUCGUGAUGAAAAUGCCGUAUAUUGACGCGCGAUUUGUGACAAAAGCUUGUUUUUUUUUCUACCUCAUGUUGUACUUUUCGUCUUCCACUUUCUUUUUAUUAUAUUCUGUUUGUGUAAAUACUUUACCCAAUGUUUUCACGUUUCAACUUACUCUUUAUUUAUGCUAUCUCCGAGAAAUGAAUCAAAGAAGUAUUAACUCCACCUACAGUAUUUUUAGACAGCCCCAAUUCCUCAUACAGCGGUAAAGAUAAUUUUAUUUGAAUCUCCCUUUUGAUCUCAUGAAGCGUGGUUUACGAUUUGGUGCUUGGGUAGAUGAUAAGUGAAACUUUUGGGGUCAAAGUAUUAUAGGAUGCUUCAAAUUAAAUGUAAAGAAGACAACCCGAGGUGAUAGACUUGGAUGAAAGCUCAAAUUUCAUGAUUAUUUUGACGAUUAACUAUUUUAUGACCCCUGACAAAAACAUAAGUUUCCUAAUGACAUACCUAGUCUUAGCAUUUAUAUAACUGCAUUUAUUCCUACAUUCUUAACAUUGUAACGUCAAGCGAAAGUGGAUGUACAGUCAUUCGUUGCCAAAAUAUGAGAAAAAGCGCCGUGAAUUUAUAAAAAGUAUUUUUGGAAGGUUUUAAAAGAUUUGGCUGUGAUUUGGAAGUAAACCGAUGGUGAAGGCGUAAGUUUCAAUAUUUUGGCUGCUAUUUUCAAACAACAUACUCUUUUAACAUUAUCGAUCUCUCAAAAUAAACUCACAAAAUUUUUGGUUACGUGUGACAGACAUUUUUUUGUCUAUUUUAUUAUGAAGAUAAUUUUUGUUUAAAUAAUAUUUUUUGUGCAAGGUCAGCAAAACAAGACGGUUUAUUUUGAAAUAUCGAUUCAAAUAAAAUGAUUGUUACUCGUUAACAAACAUAGCUAUGUGUCUAUUUAGAGGUAAUUGUUAAGUAUAAAUUUAACUGUGAAUUAGUAAAUCGUUCGUACAGAUGAUAGUUUUUUUGACAAUAUUUUUAACUGAUUAAACGUAUCUACUAAUUCACAACGUAUGUAAGGUCUUAUUGUAAUCUCAAUGUGUAAGUGUUGUAAUUAGUCUUUAAUAUAGAUGUGAGGUUGUCUGCAAAAACUCCGCCCAAUUAGUUGUCAUUCGGAUUUCAAAGAAUUCACAAUAAUAAAUAUAUUCAGAAUAUUCCGAUAUUUUGUUUUACAGUGCGUUGUUAAAAAGAAAAAAAAAGAAAAAAAAAAGUGUAGUGUGAUAAAUGUCUAAAUGAAUAAAGUCAGUUUCGAUGUCUCAGUAUUAGUGUUAAAAUUACUAGGAGUUAGAAUUUAUGUUAGGUGUUAAUUAAUGUUAAUUUUUGUGUAAGAUUACCGAAAGUAUGAAAGUCAAAUAGUCGUAGAUGUGCCAAUUACUUAGUUGGCGACUGCCAUUAAGAACAAAAUGAUUGUCAAUAUCGAAUAAACAGUGACGCGGUAUUUUAUGGUUACAAAAUUAUGUUGUGGAUAUAGAGUAGUUGUGCUAUAAGUAUACGAUGUGGUUAUACAGAGCUCAAAGCUGAAAGUUAUUCCGCCUCUGGAAUAUCGUAUUUUUUCCAAAUUCCCUUGAAUAAAGUAUACUGAUUUUUUA